UUUACGCCUUUCAAUCGGCUCCUUGGACAAUCUUGUCAGUACUCGCAAUCGAGGCCUUAUCUUCGGGCGGAGUGGGGGAGGUAUAUUGUCAACCUUUGGGCGCUGGGACACUGAAACUCUUACACUACACUAAACCAUGAUCAGCUUGUUUUGGAACCCUAUUCUAGACUAGGCACCAAAAACCACUGCCCUAUCCGAGAAUAGUUAUCUUCCAUGCAGAACCCUUAUCACUAUUGUACUCCAACAUACCCUAACUAAACCAAUAUCUUACAAAAUUACUUCCGAGUGUCACUUUCUAUUAUUGAACCUCGGGUAAAGAACCCCUGUUCUAGAUUAAAUUAUUUCUACAGUUACCACUUUUCCGUUAAAAUAUGCCCUAUUCUAGACCAAAACUGUCUGAUUUCUACGCCCUAGCCCAGACUAAACUGCCUGAACACCAUACCCUUCACAGCGGCGCAUACCCAUACAUACAGGGGCCCUGUCUUCUCCGUGCAGUCCUGAUAUUCUGCGAUAUCAAGUCACUAAUCUCCGGCCCUGAUAUUGCCUGGUAUUGGGCCUAAUUUAUGUACGUUAAAUAUCUAUAAUCAUACAUUUCUGAUGCGCCUCGGUGGCAUAAUAAAGGGAAGAUAACCCCCCACAUCUCCCUCGUCGAAUCUCUUUCCCUCCCCCGUCAAGUUCGAAGUCAUACAAAACUGGCACAACGUACUUAAAAGAAUACUUUGCAAGAGUGUGGAAAAGCUUGAUAGAAUAACGAAGCUUGAUGUACGCCUGUUUAUUACAAUACACUGUAAGAUUUAGCUACGAGAUGGCGGCUGUUUUCGGUGAGAUACUAACAACAACAACAACAGCAUCUUUUAUUUAAACACGGAGUUCCAAAAUAUAUUUUCCCCACCCUACCGGGCCAUAGUAGAAAGAUAAGCAAGUUCUACCCACAAUCCUUUUCAUCAUACUCAAAGAAAGAUGGCGGACAAAACUAUAGAUGACAUCUUGGCAGUUCUUUGUAGUCACGUCAAGCUUGAAAGAGACAGGGGCCUUCAAACUUUAGAGGAGAGGUUGAAAGACUCUUCAAACUUCACUUCAGAUCUUAAAAAAGUUGAGGAUUUGCAAAACUCUUUAACUGAAUUUGUCACAUCGACUGAUCGAGGUUGGGAGACAAAGCAAGGAGGGCUGCUUGGAUCAAAGGCUUUAAUUUUGAACAACCUUGGGUCUGAGGAUUUCAGCGAGAACCUUAGAAAACAGGCACUGCAAUUAAUGCACGAUGACGAAGCCAGAGUCAGGAUUGCUUCAGGGGAGGUGCUUGGAGCUCUUUGUGCAGCAAAAGGACCAGCAGUGUUUAUAGCUUGUCGUGAUGAGAUUUUAAAAAAUGUCAGUGAAAAUCUGGAGAGGAAACUGCCUGAUCCUUGUGAGGUAGCUGAGGGACUUGUUUAUAAACUGACUGGUGCUGAAAAGGACACAGAACAAGAUACUCACAAGAAAGCAGAUGCAGCUCAGAUAUUCCAUGACACAGCAGGCUGGAAACAUCUAGAGACGAGUAUGAGAUGUCUUCAGUCGGUGAUCGAAGGCUGUGGCAAGGCAUUUAAUGAGCACAUCACUCAGAAUCUUCUGGAUCUCAUAUUCCAGGCUCUGAACCACACAAACAGAUUUGUGCGAGAAACCGGUUAUCAACUUUGUGCUUCACUUGUUCGACUGGGAAGAAAGCAAGAUGAAAUCUCUGAAGCAGCAGAGGCAAUGGUGGUAGAUAUUGAAGAGAAUGCUAUUCUUAAGCAUGGAGAACAAUUUGCAGAUUAUCUGAAAAAAGGAUUGUCUGAUAACUGGAGUCAAGUUCGCCUUGCAGCAUCUGUGGCUACCAGGCAGUUUUUGCAGACUUUGCCAAACAGUGAAUCAAGAGAAAGAUUUUACCCUAAGGUUUUACCAGCCAUGUGUCUUAACAGGUUAGAUCAUAUUAGCUUUAGAUAUCUUCAAAAGAUCUUACAAAAUGAAUAUGAAAUGACAGAGAGAUCUUGUGAAGGCCUUUGCAAGUGUCAACCCUUAUUAAGUGAUUUUCUGUUUGAUUUAAAAGGGGAGGUGCUUGGAGCUCUUUGUGCAGCAAAAGGACCAGCAGUGUUUAUAGCUUGUCGUGAUGAGAUUUUAAAAAAUGUCAGUGAAAAUCUGGAGAGGAAACUGCCUGAUCCUUGUGAGGUAGCUGAGGGACUUGUUUAUAAACUGACUGGUGCUGAAAAGGACACAGAACAAGAUACUCACAAGAAAGCAGAUGCAGCUCAGAUAUUCCAUGACACAGCAGGCUGGAAACAUCUAGAGACGAGUAUGAGAUGUCUUCAGUCGGUGAUCGAAGGCUGUGGCAAGGCAUUUAAUGAGCACAUCACUCAGAAUCUUCUGGAUCUCAUAUUCCAGGCUCUGAACCACACAAACAGAUUUGUGCGAGAAACCGGUUAUCAACUUUGUGCUUCACUUGUUCGACUGGGAAGAAAGCAAGAUGAAAUCUCUGAAGCAGCAGAGGCAAUGGUGGUAGAUAUUGAAGAGAAUGCUAUUCUUAAGCAUGGAGAACAAUUUGCAGAUUAUCUGAAAAAAGGAUUGUCUGAUAACUGGAGUCAAGUUCGCCUUGCAGCAUCUGUGGCUACCAGGCAGUUUUUGCAGACUUUGCCAAACAGUGAAUCAAGAGAAAGAUUUUACCCUAAGGUUUUACCAGCCAUGUGUCUUAACAGGUAUUAUGUGGCAGAAGGUGUAAGAAUAUACUCCCAACAAAGCUGGAAAAUGGUUGUAGGAACUGAAGGGAAGCACAUGGUGGAAAAAUACAUCACUGAAACAGUGGAAUUUUAUAUAAGUCAGACCAAGGCAGAUAACCAUGCCGUCAGAGAGGCUGCUUGUGCCUGCAUAGCUGAACUAGGAACUAAGGUGAACCCUGAUAGUUUACGGCCACAUGUUUCAGAUCUUCUACAAGCUUUGGUGUGUUGUUUCAAAGAUGACAGCUGGCCUGUUAGGGAUGCUGCUUGUGUAGCUUGUGGAAAUUUUGUUCUCUGUUUUCCUCAAGAGUGCAGGUAUCAUAUAGAGCACACUGCUGGGACCAUCAAUAUUGAGAGGACGAANGCCCAUUUCAAACAUUACACACAACAUCUGCAUCUGCUGGAAACUGUGUGUACACAGUUGCCAGUUGUAGCCAAAGGGAUUGGAAAGAAUCAAUUUAAAAGACACUUUGAGCUAUUCAUUGACAUAAUAUUCUACAGCCUGAAAAGCGAUAAUGCCCUCACAUCAACAGCUGCUUCUGAGUGUCUUUCUCAGUUUAGCACACUGCUGGGACCAUCAAUAUUGAGAGGACGAAUAGAAAUGUACAACCCAAGUUAUCUCGAUCUUUUACCUCAGAGUUCUCUGUGUCCUCGGUAGCUAUCAUGGCCAUGAUGAUAUGAAUAACAAAUCUUAUGACAGGAUUUUUUUUCAGUUCAUUGUAAAUAAAAUUGAGAAUCUUUAGAUGUCACGUUAAAAAAUAAUUAUGAACAUCAUGUAACAUCACUACUUAUGUUUUAUUGUUGUUACUCACAAGGAACUGAUUAAUGCAAUUUUUUAACAAAUUGAUCCUUCAAAUUACAUAUUAAAUGAGUUUGACAUAUUUCCCUUCAAGAUAAUACAUUACCAUGCUCAGCCCAUACAUGAUUGACCAUAAAAACCUUUCGUCAAAAGUUUAAAUCACUGCAUGAUGUACCUUCAGGUUGUUACAACAGUCUAUUAAAACUGCAUUCAGGAAGAGUUUUGGGGGCAAAUGGGGAAAAGAAAGAACUCCGAUCACAGGUUACAACCAUCACUAAUGAGGAUAUGUGUCAAAUGAGAUAUUUUUAUUAAUCGAAGUUAAGACUUCUUGCAUAAUAGAGAUCCAGUGAUUUACAUAUUGCAAAACAUCCCAGUCUUUUUAGAGCCUGAAACAAAAAAAAAUAUUCAAGUGGAUAUCUGUUUCAUUGUAUUUUCACAUCAGUUUGUUUAGACUGGGCCUACACAGUCAGCGAUAGGAAUUUCUUCUACCCAUUUAAUGUAUUAUAUUUCUAUAAUUUCUUUUGUCUCUGUUACGGGAUUUGUAAGGCA